AUGGCGGAAGGGAGUGUGGAUUCCGGAAGUGAUCCGGAAAUGGAGGAUGAGACGUUGGAUGUAGAUAGUGGAGGCAAUGAAUGGAAAGUAGUAGAAAAUCAGGCAAGUAAGCGGGUAAUCAAAGAGGAAUUGUAUGGGGAGCUGGUGAAAGCUGGCAUUUUUGUUGCUCCAGAGAAGGGUGUUGUUGAGGAUGAGUCUGAGUUGGUGGGUAAGACCGCUAACUCUGAUUCUACUUUUGACAUGGAUCCCAGAGAUUCUGGUUCUAAAGCUAUGGCAUAUUUGUCACAGUUCUACAGGAACUCUAACGCAGCUAAAGCCCUUGGCAGAAUGUUUGUUUCAAAUCUGGAAAAUGAACUGAAGACCAUGCAGGCGUUUUUUGGACUGGAGGUCACAGGUCAGCUGGACUCAAACACUCUGAAGACGAUGAAGCUGCCUCGCUGUGGAGUCACCGACGUGGCCAAAUUUGGGCACUUCGAGGGGAAGCCCAGGUGGAAGCAGAGCGUUGUAACAUACAGGAUAACUGAAUAUACACCACAGCUGAGUCAGAAAGAGGUGGACACCACAAUUGCUAAAGCCUUCCAGCUCUACAGUGACGUCAUUCCUGUAGAUUUCAAGCAGAUAUUCAGUGGCACGGCAGAUAUCAUGAUUCUCUUUAAACGGGGAUAUCAUGGAGACUUUUACCCCUUUGAUGGGCCGAAUGGUGUUCUGGCUCAUGCAAACUCCCCCGGCCCGGAGCAGGGAGGAGACACACACUUUGAUGAUGAUGAAAAAUGGAGCUUAAGUUCCAAAAACAUAAACCUGCUUUUGGUGGCGGCUCAUGAAUUCGGGCAUGCACUGGGACUCGAUCACUCCAGAGACUCUUCAGCUUUAAUGUAUCCAACUUACAGAUACGUCAGUACAAACGGAUAUACUUUACCUCGAGAUGACCGACUUGGGGUCCAGGCUUUGUACGGUGUGCGAGCAUCAACAAAUAAACCUGAACCUAAGCCUGAACCAAAACCAAACCCACAACCUGCACCAAGCCCACCAGAACCAUGCAAGCGUGACUUGAUAUUUGAUGCAGCAACCAGCAUUCGAGGGGAAUUGUACUUUUUUAAAGAUAGGUAUUACUGGAAGAAGGGCUACUACGGCAGACUUACACUACUUGAAAUAAAAACCACCUGGCCAUCCAUUGACUCUGUUGAUGCUGCCUAUGAGUUACAGGACAAAGACACAAGUUUUCUCUUCAAAGGUAAGCAGUUCUGGGCAGUAAAAGGCACCACUAUACUGUCUGGAUACCCCAAACCCAUAUCCACAUAUGGGUUUCCAUCAAGUGUGAAUAAGAUUGAUGCAGCCGUACAUGUGAAAUCAACUGGUCGCACUUUGUUUUUUGUUGGAAGCAAAUACUGGAGCUUCAAUGACAGAACGGGUAAGAUGGACCGAGAAUUUCCUAAAUCCAUCAUUGGUGAUUUUCUUGGCAUCGGCUCAAAGGUGGACGCGGCUUUUGAAAACUAUGGUUAUCUGUAUUUCUCAGACGGUGCAAGGCAAACAGAGUAUAUCUUUGCCUCAAGACGAGUGAAUCGUGUUUUAUUGAACUACGGAUGGCUGAAUUGCUACUAA